AUGAUGACGUCCGAAGACUUGAAUAAAUUGCUGCAAUCAACCACUCCGCCGAACUUUACCACUUCCUCCUCGUCAGGACUUCCGCGCCCGGACAGAUGCCGUUCGGUUCCUCCGACUGAAGUUUGCAAACCGAUCAUUGAUGGAAAGCAAAGUAAGUUGACCAUACUUCUGAACAUUUUGACGUAUAGCUCGGUAUCUUUAGAUGGAGAUACGGUCUUUCUGAAAACCGAUCAUGGAAGUGUUAUUUACAAGAACGAGAUAGCUGCUUUGGCUCAGCAGAAGCUACGAGAGAAAAACGAGCAAAUGUUUCGGAAGCCCUACCCUCCGGGAUCUGACACGUCAGCGACUGCAAUAGAGUUUUCCACUUCCCUUCCUCUCAUACACCAACGCGCUCUGUCUGCUUCACCUCAAAUGAACUCGAUGCCUCACCUCUAUUCAAACCCUACACAAACGUCAGAAGAAGAGCUCGCACAAAUCUUCCGAAUACCACACUUGCCAUUCCAACCUUCAUUAGCGAAAAGAACUGCGGAACAGGCUGCAGCCAACCAGCAGUGUUACCAGAGUCUUCUCAAAUUGCUCUAUGAUCCGUAUAGCCCCGAUGUUAUAAGUGACCUUCUGGAUGCCAUGCACAAUCACAAAUCUUCAUCCUCGCAAGAAGUACUUCAAUCACCUUCUCCUCUUCCUCAGUUCGUUCCAACUUCAAGUAAACCUUAUCCAACGAUUCGGACGGCGCCAAUCAAAGUCAUUGUACACUCCGGUUUACCGGUUGUUCAAAAUGAGGAGCUCAAAGCUACUUCUUCACGCGAACGAACUUCGGAACAAGAGCAGGGCGUGGUGCCUCUGCUCCUGAUGAGCACUGAAGAAGACACGUCUGCUCCACCACUCAAGAAACCAAGAGGCUUGUUGAGUGAAGGUUCCGGAUUGCAACGAUAAUCAUUAUUUCUUAUAGGUAAGUGAAGAUCAUGAUUAAAACAAUCCGUUCCAAUAGAAAUAUUGUAUUGUAUUACAGAAGUCAGAAAGCGUUCCUUCAAUAUAUUCAACCAAGAAAUUGUCUUCCGCAGCAUUAUGUAGUAUUUCAGAAAGGAAACGACCAGAUCAUUAAAUUUUUACUUCUCUUUCAGUUACACAUCUAUUCAUGCACUACCUCCUUCUUACUCAUGUAUGUAUUUCGCAAUCUCCUCUUACGUAUUCCACAUUGUACUUAUAAGAAAUAUCCGGUAAAGCUUUAUCUCAAUUCGUAUGUGUAAUUACUUCCUUGAAAUCAAAGGUGGCAGUGCUCUUUGGAAGGCGCUUAUUCGUGAUAUUUGCAUGAUCGCGUGGGUGUACUUUUAACGACAAUUUGUGUCUGGGGACGAAUAUGAGAAUUCGGUAGGGGGGAAACCGGAUUAUUGCAUCUUGUCGGGGGUUUCAAAUGAUAGGCGUAGACAAGACUGACCGGACUGGAAAACUGAAAAUCAGGAAAGCUAGGCUUCAGAAAACAUUGCCGUCAUAGGUAUCACGUUAGUUUUUGGUGUUCUAUGCAUCAGAUAAGCACUCUCAGGGCAAAGUAUUUUUCAGAUUUCUGGUGUCUGAACAUACUUGCAGCUGUUCGCUUACUUUUAGAAAAGCUUUCGCGCUCACAUGGCCGGCCGCUUUUCCCCAUAGUUAACUCUUCUAAUUUCUCUCCUAUACGUCCGCUCUGGGUGAAGUGAACUAGCAUUUUCAUUUUUUCAGUCGGGUUUAGCAAAAAAUGUCAUAAAAAUGAGUCUUCGAUUUUAAAUUGUACCUCAAAGAACGUGGAAAUCAAUCUGACAUGGUCGGUUUCUAUGGACAACUUUGAGAACUAGCGGGCAGUGAUGUUUUAGGUUGAGAUUUCUGUCUCUCUCUCUCUGCUCUACAUUUUCCUUUCGGUGCAGCAAAUUGAUCGGGAAGAUCUUGAAAAUUCCAUCAAAUUCAUGAUGUGAAACGAAAGUGUCGCCUGAUUUUUUGUCUGUUAUGUUAUCUUUGCCCCAUUCCAAACCAUUCAUUGUGUCGUGUCAGUCAGAAACGUUUUGUUUCACGUUUCCUUUUCGCUUUUUUACGUGUUUCGCUGCUUUCUCGUCUUCUCGAAGCGAAAAUUGCGGGUAAUCUCAGCGGAAAGCUGUGUUACAUGUGACUGAUAAUAGUACCCGACCGUCCGUCACAAAACCUUAUCGUCCCGCAUGUCUAGUUUUCGCGUUUUUAUCACAUGCUACUGCGCGUUUUAGUGGGAAAGUGAAAGUAAGUGCGCACCUCACUUGCCGGAUCUUUGGUUUUGCAUGAACUCAACACGGACUUGUGUUUUUUGCAGUGAACAUGGACCACGAGUUUAUUGAAAUGCUAGACAACAUUCGGAUGGAUGCGGCGAGCUUGAAUAGGAAUAUUGAACUGGCGAUGAGUAACACAAGUAAAAUUCUGGCGGCUUCACAGGUAUUCAUUCAAAAGAUGACUCAGGAAAGCGUAUCCUUCGAAAAGUAGGUUUCGAUAUUGUACGGUUCUGUUCUAAAUUUGAUUGUUUUACAGAAAGUUCUCAAUAACGGAGAUACACACGAACACAUCCACAAAAAGAGCAGCUGAGCCAAUUGGAAGCACAAUUUGCAAGCGGCCCCUUCUAGAGCAUUAG